UAUUACAGGACAAGUCAUCAAAGCAAGGAGAGAGCUUAAGAUAAUCGCUCUUAACAUUCAAUGUGUAGAGUCCAAGGACACCGGCUUUAGUCACGACUGAGAAGAAAGAAGAAAAAACAGUGAAGCUAUUUUCAGUUUGAAACAAACAACAAACGUAAAGAGGAUUGGGGUUUAGACAAUGGAAAGCAAGUGUGUGAGACCCCGCCUCCAGGACCCUGGCUGUCACCGGACACUCAAGUUGCUAUCAGGAGCACUUUUCUCUGUUGAAGUGACUGGCUUUUGUCAUGCAAUCCCCAGGUUAUAAUGAGGGGGAAGACAGGCCUCAGAGCAGAAGCAGCAGCCCCGCGGUUGGUGGGCUGCGGCUUGCCAUGGGGAACACCAUCAGAGCCUUCGUGGCCUUCAUCCCUGCUGACCGCUGCCAGAACUACGUGGCCAGAGACCUCCGGGAGAUGCCGCUGGACAGGAUGGUGGAUCUGAGUGGGAGCCAGCUACACCGCUUCCCAGUGCAUGUGUGCUCCUUCCAGGAGCUGGUCAAGCUCUACCUGAGCGACAACCGCCUCAACAGCCUGCCUCCAGAGCUGGGCCAGCUGCAGAAACUGCAGAUUCUGGCCCUUGAUUUCAACAACUUCAAGGCUCUGCCACAGGUGGUGUGUACCUUGAAACAGCUCUGCAUCCUCUACCUGGGCAACAACAAACUCUGUGACCUCCCCAGGGAGCUGAGCCUGCUCCAGAACCUCCGGACCCUGUGGGUCGAGGCCAAUUAUCUCACCAAGUUGCCAGAGGUGGUCUGUGAGCUGAGUCUCCUUAAGACGUUGCACGCUGGCUCCAACGCCCUGCGUCUGCUGCCAGGCCAGCUCCAGCGCCUCCGGGAGCUGAGGACCAUCUGGCUCUCGGGUAACCUGCUGACAGACUUCCCCCCUGUGCUGCUUCACAUGCCUUUCCUGGAGGUAAUCGAUGUGGAUCGGAACAGCAUCCGCUACUUCCCCAGCCUGGCCCACCUGUCAAGCCUGAAGCUGGUCAUCUAUGACCACAAUCCUUGCAGGAAUGCACCCAAGGUGGCCAAAGGGGUGCGUCGAGUGGGAAGAUGGGCAGAGGAGACCCCAGAGCCUGACCCUAGAAAAGCCAGACGCUAUGCGUUGGCCAGGGAGGAAAGCCAGGAGGCGCAGCUACCUGCCUUGCCUCUUCCACUUCCUCCUACCAACUCCUGAGAAGUUUCAGUUGCAGGUCAAAGCCAAGGACAACUCCAGCAUCUUCUGGAGAUCGCUCCAUUAGAGUGCAGAGAACUGCUCUGGGCCAUGUGGGGAAUCUCUGCCAGCGGCAAAUGGAACAGCAUCAGAUGGAAUGUCUAACCCACAAGAAGAAAAUACUCUUGGACAAGAACAUCUCUCCCAAAGGGAACUGGGUGCUAUAGGUAGCAUGACAACUUCUUCGCAAGAAAAUCAGCCUCUCCAAACAGGUAUUUUCAAACACCGGAAAGAAAGGCUGGGACACUCUGGC